AUGAUUAUAUUCAUUGCAUUGCUUGCUCAAUGUCAAGAUUUUCGAUCACCAUUUGGUACACUUCUUGAUUGCGAUAAUCGAACACUAAAUAAUUGUUCAGAUGAACAACGUCUUUUAUAUUUUUUAAUGAAAAAUUAUUCGAAUAACGUUCGACCAGUACGAAAUGCUAGCUUACCAGUGCCGGUUAAACUUGGUUUAACAUUAACUCAAAUAUUUGAUAUGAUAGAAAAAAAUCAAAUAUUGAUCACCAAUGUAUGGCUUGACCAAGAAUGGUUUGAUGAAUUUCUACAAUGGGAUCCAGCUGAUUUCAAUGGAAUUCGUCGUCUUAAUCUUCCGUCCAAACUCAUUUGGUUACCAGAUAUUGUUCUUUACAAUAAUGCCGAUGAAUUUUCAAAUAGUAAUACCAUGCAAGUAAAUGCAAUGCUUAUUCAUAAUGGUAGUGUUUUUUGGCCAAUACCAACACGAUUCAAAAGUACAUGUCAAAUUGAUGUAACAUAUUUUCCAUAUGAUGAACAAGAAUGUAAACUUAAAUUUGGCAGUUGGACAUAUAAUGGAUAUCAAGUAUCAAUUGAAGAACGUAAUUAUGCUAUUGAAUUAUCGAGUUAUGUUCCAAAUGGUGAAUGGGAUUUAUUAGAUACAUCAUAUCAAGUUAAUAUUGUUCGAUAUCCAUGUUGUCCAGAACCAUUUCCAGAUAUAACAUUUUAUGUUCGUAUUCGACGACGUAUUUUAUAUUAUUUAUAUUCAGUUGUUUUUCCAUGUGUUAUGUUAUCAAUAUUAACUUUACUUGUAUUUUGUUUACCACCAGAAUCCGGUGAAAAAAUUGCUCUUGGUAUAACUGUUUUACUUGCAUUUAGUGUUUUUAUGUUAGCUAUUGCUGAAAGUAUGCCCGAAACAAGUGAAUAUAUUCCAUUAAUUAGUUUAUAUUUAACUGCGGUUAUGGCUAUGACAAGUGUAUCCGUAAUGAUGACUGUAUUUGUUCUUAAUCUUCAUUAUCGUGGUCCAAAAAAAAAUGAAAUACCAUUUUGGCUUCAACAAUUAUUAAGUUUAUCAUUAAGUAAUAUAUGUUGUACAUUUAAUAAACCAAAAAAAAUCAAAACAUUGUAUACAAGUAAACAACAAAAAGGACAUAAAAAAAAUGUUCAACAUACAAACCAAACUCAACAAACAGAAAAUCGUGUACCUGCUAAUGGAAUUUUAUUAUCUUAUGCAAAUGUCAAUGAAACAAAAAUAAAAUCAAGAGUAACAACAGAUGUAAAUUCAAUACAAAUACAUACUGCAAAUUCCCAAGAACAAAAACAAACAAAAAGAACAAGUCGUAAACAUUUACGUAGUGAAGAAAUUCUAAUGAAAAAUCGAUCAAUGUCUCAUUCAAGUUCAACAGAAUCAAUUCAAGAUGAAAUUCAAGAUACUUUACAUAGUCUAUUAUGUAAACAAAAAGAACUUGAACAUGAUCAACAAGUAACAAAUGAUUGGCGUGCAUUAGCAACUAAAAUUGAUAAAAUUUUAUUUUAUGUUUUUCUUCUAUUAACAAUUAUAUCAACAUUAGGUCUUCUUGUUGUUGCACCAUUAUUUCGAACUAAUGUUCAACGAAAAAUAAAACUUUGGAAUGGAACACGUCGACCUUAA